GUUUAGAUUUGAUCAAUUGAACAAUUAUUGGUUGGAUAGCUGAGUGGUUAUAUUUGUUUAGGUAAUAAUGUACACUUAAAUUUAUGAUAAAUUAUAGAACCGUCAUCUUACCCAAUUACUUUGUUUUGGUUUCAAACGGGCGAGGGCGCGUAUCUAACUCAUCCAGACAGCUGUCCGGCAGUCCAAACCAUAGUUUGGAUAUUACAGUUCUAUACAAAUAUUUUGGUCGAAUUCGUUUGGCUUUCGUUUCGCUGAUUUCAAUCAUUGUCUCUGGGGAUAUUUGGUCGUUCGCUUGCGAUGCCAAACAAUCGUCGAAGGAAAUUAAGUCCAAGGCUCGUGGAAGCUAAAAGAGAGGAACAAAAGGAUGGAUCCCCUCAAUCAAGGCAAAUGCCUUAUGAUGCUUCUAUGUGUCAUGGUUCAUAUACUAAUAGGGACGAUUGUAAUUAUAGUGAAUCUAGUUGUGAUAUAAUGGCAGAUGGUAUAGAAAACCUUAGUUUAGACGUGAAGCAAGCGAAAAGCGUGAUGCCCACGGCGCCUUUCUUAGGUCUAGAGUUACCAAAGGUUGAGUUAAGUUAUUUCGACGGUCAGCCUAGAGGUUAUUGGAGGUUUUUAAGGGAGUUUGAGACCUAUGUGGAAUCAAGGGUCAAGGAUGAUGGUCAACGCUUGCUUUAUUUGAUACAUUAUUGUAAGGGUAAAGCGAAAACAGCCAUUGAGGGUUGUAUUAUGUUGGAAGCCUCUUCUGGUUACAAGAGGGCCAAAGAAAUCCUAAAACGGUUGUUCGAACAGGUGCAUGUAAUCGCUCGAGAGACACUAGAGGACUUAUUCAAUGCGGUGAAUUUUGAUUACAAUGACGGAGAGCAACUAACAAACUUGGCUAUUAAAAUGGAAAACUGUGCUAUGGUCUUGGAACAGAUGAAUUAUGCCUCUGAUCUAAAUUCCUUAGUUACUUUGGAAAGAAUAGUGAGACUCUUGCCUCUACCUAUGCAAACCCAGUAGGCGGACUGGGUGGACGAAUUGACUGAAGAUAACAGGGAACCGACCUUUGACGAGCUCACUCAGUUUAUCGCAUCGCGUGCGAGAGUGGCUUGUAGUAGAUUUGGACGGUUAGCAAAUCGUUCACGAAAAGGGCAUGACGUAAAGACGAACUGUCACGUGCAAUCGGAGCAAGGGAAUAGUUCGACAGCGAAAACUAAAUGCACCAUGUGUUCCUACGACCAUGCUAUUUAUAAAUGUCCACAGUUCUUAUCGCUUACAGUUCAAGACCGAUGGUCUCACGCUAAAAGCAAGGGUAUCUGUUUCGUCUGUCUUAGACAAGGACAUAGAGUUAAUGAAUGUAAACUGACAAAGCGUUGUAACGUUAAUGGUUGUGAAAAGAAACACCAUUCUUUGUUGCACAGAGAAAGUGAUAAACCUGGUAUCUCGAAUUGUUGCGGAUAUACUAAAUCACUAAUCAGUCAAGUGUGUUUAGGCAUGAUUCCCGUACGGCUGAAAUCGCGAAAAGCCGAGAUUGUGGGUUAUGCUCUGUUGGACAACGGUUCUGAUGUGACACUGAUAAAAUCAAACUGUUUGAGGUUUCUCGGGCUGAACGAAGACCAAGCAUCAGUGGUAGUUGAGACUGUGGGCGUUAAUAGAACAAUGAGGGUCACGAGUGCGCCUUUUGAGGUAUAUUCUUCAGAUCGAUCUGAACAUGUUACGAUUGAAGGAGCUCUGAUUGUAGCAAGUAUACCAGGUCAUAAACCGACAAAGUCAGCAAUGAACAACCUAGUUAAGUGGCCGCAUCUAAGUGAUGUGACAAUAGAUAGCCUAGACUCUGAAGAAGUUUUACUGUUGAUUGGUUGCGACGUACCAGAGGCACAUUGGGUGUUUGACCAACGGUUGGGUGGAAGGAAGAACCCGUACGCUGUGAAAACGUUGCUGGGGUGGACGGUUUUCGGACCUGCGUCAUAUUCAGAAUAUAGGAAAAGAGUUGUUAACCAUACCAGUAAGGUACAGUCAUUAGAGAACCAAAUACGUGAGCUUUAUGAUGUAGAGUUUUCAGAUGCUUAUUCAAGUGAUAAAUCAUUAUCAGUAGACGACAAGGUGGCUAUUAAGAUUGUGGAAGGGGGCACGCGCUUCGACAACGGUCAUUUUGUAGUUUCUAUACCGUGGAAAAAGAAUCCAAAUAUGAAAGUGGAUAAUUAUGAAGUAGAAACCGUAGAUUACAAAGUUUGAAGGGUAUGUUGUCGAAGGAUGUCACUCUGCACAUCAGGUAUAUCAAAAGUAUUGAAAGUAAUUUUACUAAGACUUAUGCGGAAAGGGUCCUUGAAAUAUAUUUGCAGCCUAAUUAUCGCUCUCGAGGGUAUUUACCUCAUCAUGCAGUGCUAAACAUGAAAAAACCAGAAGAACUUAGAGUGGUCCUUGAUUAUGCCACCGAGUUUGCAGGGGUUUCCAUAAAUGAUAUGAUUUAUCAAGAACCCGAUACCACCGCUGAGUUAAUGUGCAUAUUAUUAAGUUUUCGCAAGGAGACAGUUGCAAUCCCUGCAGAUGUUGAA